UUUCCAAAUUUUGAGAAAGAAGAAGAACAAGAAGAAAGCAAAAGCAAAAGAAAGAUUGGCACAUUUGUGGAAUGUCGCAAAUUGUGUUUGAUUUUUAAAGAAUGCAUAAAAAAUUGUGUAAGAAUAUUAAAAUCAUAUUGGAAAAAGUUUAAAAGUUUGACGCUGUUUUCAUGAGAUUGUUACCUCUCACAUACAUGCAUAAAUAAACGUUUUUGGACCGAAAAAAAAAAACAAACCAAAAACGGCACGAAUUACCGCAAGAGUAAAUGCUUCUAUCAGCUGCGGGAGUAAACGUUCUGAUAUAGUAGAUCCACUGAGCAUUCAGUAAUUGUGAGCGACCACAGUGAGUUACUGACCGAUCAAGUGUUUUUCACGCUCAAUAGCUGAGCGCGCAAGCGCCAUUAAGAAGUCAACAUACUCAAAGCGUCGCUCGCAAAAUAUAACAUUGUUAGCAAUAGUUGACACCAACGCAAUUCAAAGUAAUCAGUAUCCAAGAGUCGGUUGGCGUGUCGACGCCGUUGAAUCACCAUUCGUCAGCUGCGCUUAACCAAAUAUGAGAAAGUGAUUAACUAGCGUGUAAGUGAAUGCCGUAAAAUGAAAUGUGCUGACGCGUCGCUGAAAAAAUAAAACAGAAAACAAUUUUAAAGGAAAGAAAUUACGAAAACCAAAAGAAAAUAAGAAAUCGAAUUGAAAUUAAUGCAUUGAAUACUGUUGCAAAUUUAUUUAUGCGGUUAUUGCAUUGGACAGCGUGUUUAUAUACUCGCAUUAACAUCUAAACUAAUAAAGUGACAGGAAACUGUGUUCCGGUCAGAAGAGCAUAAACUCAAGUAAAUUCAUAUCCCACCACCAGUGACCCCACCACACGAGAGUAUGACAACAUCAGCAUUUAAAAGUAAGCGUAAUAACGCGGCAUCCAAUGACACGGAAGCCGAUGGUCACAUUUCCAACGAUGUGAAUACCGCCGAAUUAAAUCAUACAAUGGAAAAAAGAGACUCUGAGGAAGAUGCUUGGUCAUCAACCGGUUACAAUUACAUAAAUCCAUUUGUUCAUCGUUUACAAAUCGACAAUAACAUCGAUUUGGCGAAGAUUUACGUGCUAACAGUGCUUUUGAUGCCGAUUCGUGUGUUCGGCUGCCUGCUCUCACUCCUCUCCGCAUGGAUGUUCGCCUGCAUCGGCCUGUACGGUCUCACACUCGAUGAUUUAAAGGCGAAACCAAUAACCGGUUGGCGAAGACAAUUUCAACGCAUCACCGCCGGUGCUAUACGUACGCUUUUCGCCGCCGGCACAUUUCAUCAUGUCAAAUUGAUUGGCGAACGUGCAUCACCGAAGCAAGCACCGAUUAUGGUGGUGGCGCCGCACUCAUCGUAUGUCGAUUCGAUUAUUGUGGUAACAACUGGCCCACCAUCGAUUGUGGCGAAGCGUGAGACAUCCGAGAUACCUCUGUUGGGCAAAAUAAUCAAUUUCGCCCAACCCAUUUAUGUGCAGCGAGAGGAUCCUAAUUCUCGCCAGAAUACGAUACGUGAGAUUGUUGAGCGUGCACGUUCUGAAGACGAGUGGCCACAAGUUGUUAUCUUUGCCGAGGGCACGUGUACCAAUCGCAAGGCCUUGAUUAAGUUUAAGCCUGGUGCUUUCUAUCCGGGCGUACCUGUACAACCAGUAUUGCUCAAGUAUCCCAACAAAUAUGAUUCAUUUACGUGGACUUGGGAUGGUCCAGGCGUCCUGAAACUACUGUGGAUGACAAUGGCGCAAUUCUAUAGUCGUUGUGAAAUCGAAUUUCUACCGGUGUACACACCGUCAGAAGAGGAAAAGGCUGAUGCGAAUUUAUAUGCGAAAAAUGUGCGCGAAGUUAUGGCCAAAGCACUAGAUGUGCCAACGUCAGAAUACUCCUUCGAAGAUGUGAUUACAAUGAGUCGUGCCAAAGAUAUGCGUGUGCCGUUCCCAGGUGAUAUUAUUGAAAUCGAACGAGUGCUACACAAUUUGGGUUUCCUCCCGGAUUCCGUGCGUGAUCAAGAAUUGGUUGCGGAUUUCCUUAGCUUAAACAAUACUGACCGUUUAGACAUAUUCACAUUUGCUGAAUUGCUGCGUAUCGAUCCACAGAACUCGCAACUACACCAGCUUUUUGCACUACUAGAUCAUCAUCACAAGUACACAAUCAAUUUGAAGAGUUUUCUGAUAUGCUCACAAUUCCUUAAAUUGAAGAAUGAAGAGAUUAUCGUGUUUCUACGUGCCAUAGCAAAUCUCUACACGGAGUCAACGCAACGUAUUGUGCGUCAAAACUUCGCACGCAUACUGAGGCAUACGGGCAAAAUGACGCCGGAAAAGUGCGAUGCAUUAUUCUUUGCCAUCGAUAGUGCGAACAAAGGCUGCAUUUCAUUUGACGAGUUUGAGCGCUAUACCAAGGACCAACCACAGUACAAAUUCCUCUACAAGAAGCAGGAGCACUUGAGGAGAACACAAGCGGGCGGCAAUGUAAAAAGGCAAAUUUAGAAAACGUAAAAAAAAUAGCAAAAAAUGAAAGUAAAAGUGGAUAAAAAUGAAAAAAAGAAAAAAAAAACGCUUGUGUGUGGAUGUGUAUGUAUGUCUGCUGUCAUGAGUACUGCAAUUUCAAAUGGAUUUAAGUAUUAAAAAGAAAAGGAAAAAAAAGAAACAACAACAGACGUAUUUCAAGUUAAAGCAAGAAUUGUCAACUUAAUUUCUUAAUUAUUAUUUCAAACACCCCUUAUUAAAAAACGUCAGCUUAACAAAGUCAAAAGUAAAAUAUUUUCUAUAAUUGUAAAAAAACAAAAAAACCCUAUAAUUUGAGCAAAUAAGAAGCAAAAAAAUGCAGAUUUGAUAUUAAACAAAAAAAAAACACAAGUGUAUUUUUUAACAAACCAAAGCUUAGAGAGACAAUCUAAAGUUGUAUUUUUAUAACCUCAAAUAUUUGAUAAUGCAUAAUAAGAGAGAUUGAGGUUAUGUCAGAGUGACAUGCAUAUUAAUGUCACACAUUAAAUAAAUUAAAAUGCAAGCAAAACUAAAAUUCAAGUAAAAAUGUCAUGCUCAUUUGCCUCAAGGGCACUACAGUCAUUUAAUUUAAUUUAACGGUAAAAAGCGGCUACAUUAUUUUUAGAUUAACUUAACUUAAAUUGUACUGUUGCUGCUGUUUUCAUUAUUAACUAAAUUAAAGUUGAAAUGAGCGUGAAAACAUUGAAAAACGUAAUGCAAAUUAGUUCAUUAUAUUGAGUACGUUUACAUUGAAUGCCAAUAAUAUGAUACAAAUAGAAUUAUAUAAUAUUUAGUAAUGUAGGCGUAAUGUGUAGUUGGCCAAAUUUAUUAUGUAGUCUUACAAUAAUAACUAUAUAUUAUACAAUUAUGUAUGUAAAUGUGCAGCAAGUAGUGUAUAUUAUUUAUGAUUUACAUAUACAUACAUACAUAUAUAUAUAGAAUAUAUGGAAAUACCUGACGUAUACAUUCAAGCACUUAAGAAUACUAAGAAUAUUUGUAGCAACUUAUACAAUACUUACAUAUGUUUUACGUAUAAUAUUUGUGUAUGUAUGUACAAUAUGUAGAA